AUGGCAUCCAGCGCCCAGGAUGAAACAGAUAGUGGCACCGUGACCCCAUCAAGGGAUUACCCGCUGGCAACACGCUUGCUUGAGACGAGAUUAUUCCACCAAUAUAUGACUUCAACGUCUCACACCCUGUCGCAGGAUGGACUGUCAGCACACCAUCUCUCCAUGACCAUUCCUCGCAUGGCCGCAUCUUGUCCGUACCUGCUUGACAGCAUCCACGCAUUUUCAGCCUUACACUUGGCCUCCGUUGAAACCGAUAAUCGGGCUUCAUGGCUAAAUCAUGCUGUGCGAUAUCAGAGCCAGGCAUGCGCUGGAUUAAGCAAAGUUCUUCCAGAGAUCUCACCACCGGAUUAUGAACCAGCAUUCGUCUCCUCCAUCAUCAUAAUGCUUUUCGCCAUGGGAUCUCGAGUAUUGUACCUUGAAACUAGACCACUGGACCCGCUGUCGGUGGUUCUCGAGGCUCGCACAUUAAUGUCUGGCCCCGCCAUGCUUCUUUCCCGAAUAAUUGAAGCCGGAGUUGACUCACAGCUGGAUGGAUGGCUGUGCGCUCCUAACACACAGGAAACCUUCGAAACCAUGGAAAAUGAUGAGUACGGAUAUCCUUCCUUCUAA